AUGAAUGUUGCAGCAAAACUGAAUACAUAGCUAGAAUAAAUUUCAGUUAUGUCUCUUUUUCAUAAACUUUAAGAGAAAGGCUACUGCUUUUUUCAAACUUUUACAAGAAAUUAAUUCCUGAUUGCCCAUAUGAAAAACCUGGUUUUGUCACAUUGUGGUGCAUCUAGUAUUAUUGGGAAUGAUUUAAAGGAUUAUUUAUUACAUGACAAGGAACUUGUAUAUUCAGACAUACCUGGAGUGUUAAGUUGUUUCUGACUGUUAUAAAAAAUUACCAGUGAUUUUUUGGGGGUCUUUUUCUGGAUAGUCUAGAUGUAUAAUGAAUUGUAAAACUUAAGCACACUUAUUUUAGAGCCUUUGUCCUGUCACAUUACAGUUUGGUUUACAGAAGGAUUGUUGUGUGUUAUUACGCUGACAAUACAGAGAGACCGCUCCCUUCCUUUUCCUGAAGCAAUGCACAGGGCGCCUUAUUGUCCAAUGUGGUUGUAAACUUCCUGUGCAUGCAGUUCUUUGACAUUGGUGCUGAUUGUACGUUACUUCCCAAUGUCAGACCCACUGGAGUUGGGUUUUUACACGACACUAAAGCCCAGGACAAGGACAAGACAGUCAGACAGAUGUUUGAGCUCAUCAAGCUGAAUAAACCAGUCAAUUGCCUGAUGGACGGUAAACCAGUCUGGACAAACAGGAACCACAAGGUUGUCAUGGACGCAUAUUCACAAUCCCUGACAUAAUACUGCAGGAUGCUGGGAAAUAAACAUGUGCCUGUGGUGAUGUUUUGACAUCAGCUUCCCUUACUGUUGGAGACCCGCUGGUUGAGUUGGUUGCCCCACUGAAGCAUGUUGCAGGAGACAAUCACAGUGUCAGACGCCUAUGACAUCAGUCAUGGCAAGACCCACCAUUCCCUGCACCUAAAAAGGUUUCCCCUGACAAUGGUGCAGAACACACAAUCAUCUUUGACAUCAAGUCCAGUUAUGCUAAACUCACUGUGAAAGGAGAUAAAUGGACUUCCUUGACAUUGUGCACUGCACAAAUAUGGUGAUGAGUCGAAAGGUAGAAGUGGAAACUUGUUGGAAACAGAAGGACAAACAGAGUCUGACUUGAAGUAAGUUGAAGACAGAAUGUCAAGCAGAGACUGGACAUGGAGAUGGACACACAGAGACUGGCUGUGGGGAGGGAAGGACAAGCAGAGACUUGUCAUGGAUACAGAAUGGCAAACAGAGACUAGACAUGGAGACCAUAUGACAAGUAGAGUCUAACCUUGGGGACCAGACAACAAGUAGAGAAUGGACAUUGAGACAGAAGGUCAAGCAGAGGCUGACCAUUGAGACAGGAAGUAAUGUAAAGACUGACCUUGGAUACAUAAGGACAAGCAGAGACUGGCUGUGGUGACCAAAAGACAAGCAGUGGCUUACCAUUGAGACAGGAGGACAACCAGACACUAACCAUGGAUACUUAAUAAUAAGCAAAUGUUUGCCAUAGAAACAGGAUAAGUAGAGACUUACCAUGGAGACGGAUAGACAAUCAAAGACUUACCACAGAGACAGCUCAAGCAGAGGCUGGCUAUAGAGACAGAAGGCCAGCAAAGACUUGCCAUGGAGACAGAAGAACAAGGAGGCACUGGACAAAAGGACUAGCAGAGGCUUGCCAUAUAGACAAAAUGGCAUGCAGAGACUGGCAUGAGAAAGGAUUUACAAACAGAGGCUUUAAACAAAAGGCAAUAUAAUGAUCGAUUAUUAAUUGCUUAAUUAUUAUUUAAGCACCAAUGUUCCCUUACAAUUUUGUUUGUAGAUUUCUAUAUAUACAAAUUUACAUUAUUAAUUCAGGAAGCAACAAUGUUCAUUGUUUACAAGUUACAGAGCAUGAGACGACAGGCUCUAGUUUUUGUCUUACAUUUAGUAGUGUAUACCUGUGUAAAAUAAACACAAAGAAAGAUAUCAAAAAAAAAAAAAAUCACUUUUAAACCACAAACAUGAGAAGUUAAGAAUGAAUCAUUUAGCAUGGAAUUACAAAGAAAAUUUGAAAUAAGGUACUGUAGCGACUUAUUGACUUGAUAAGAUAAUGACUACAAAACUUAACAUAGUAACACAUAAACAUUUUAACAUAAACAAGCAUUAACAAGAAAUAAGUAAAUUUGUUGACAGCGGUUACGUCCCUUGUUUCUAUAAUCCAUUGUUCAAAUUUCACUAUCGAUUGUUGUUGAUGAUGUAGGCCUUUCUGAUCAAUUAUCGAUUAUAAUCAAUCAUCGGCACAACACUAAUGCAGGGCCUGGCCAUGGAGACAGAAAGACACACAGAGACUGACCAUGGAGACAGGGCAUGCAUAGACUGGCCUUGGAGACAGAAGUACACUCGGAGACUGACCAUGGUGACAGGACAUGCAGAGACUGGCCAUGGAGACAGAAGUACACUCAGAGACUGACCAUGGAGACAGAAGUACACCCAGAGACUAGCCAUGGUGACAGGACAUGCAGAGACUGACCAUGGAGACAGGAGUAAACCCAGAGAGAGGACAUGCAGAGACUGACCAUGGAGACAGGACAUGCAGAGACUGGCCAUGGAGACAGAAGUACACCCAGAGACUGACCAUGGAGACAUGACAUGCAAAGACUGGCCAUGGAGACAGAAGUACAUCCAGAGACUGACCAUGGUGACAGAAGGACACCAAGAGACUGACCAUGGAGACAGAAGGACACCAAGAGACUGACCAUGGAGACAGAAGGACACCCAGAGACUGGCCAUUGGGACAGGACAUGCAGAGGCUGGCCAUGUAGACAGAAGACAUGCAGAGGCUGGCCAUGUAGACAGAAGACAUACAAAGGCUGGCCAUGUAGACAGAAGACAUGCAGAUGCUGGCCAUGGAGACAGAAGACAUGCAGAGGCUGGCCAUGGUGACAGAAGGACAUGCAGAGGCUGGCUAUGGUGAUAGAAGGACACACAGAGGCUUGCCAUGGAGACAGAAUACAUGCAGAGGCUGACCAUGUAGACAGAAGACAUACAGAGGCUGGCCAUGUAUACAGAAGACAUGCAAAGGCUGGACAUGUAGACAGAAGACAUGCAGAGGCUGGUCAUGGUGACAGAAGGACGUGCAGAUACUGGCCAUGUAGACAGAAUGACAUGCAGAGGCUGGCCAUGGAGACAGAAGUACAACCAGAGGCUGGCCAUGGAGACAGAAGACAUGCAGAGGCUGGCCAUGGUGACAGAAGGACAUACAGAGGCUGGUUAUGGAGACGGAAGGACACACAGAGACUGGCCAUGGAGAUUGAAAGACAUGCAGAGGCUGGCCAUGGAGACGGAAGACAUGCAGAGGCUGGCCAUGUAGACAUAAGACAUGCAGAGACUGGCCAUGUAGACAGAAUACAUGCAGAGGCUGGCCAUGGUGAUAGGACAUGCAGAGGCUGGCCAUGGAGACAAAAGGACACACAGAGACUGGCCAUGGAGACAGAAGGACAUGCAGAGGCUGGCCAUGGAGACGGGAUGACACACAGAGGCUGGCCAUGGUGACAGGACAUGCAGAGACUGGCCAUGCAGACAGAAGAAUAUGCAGUGACUGACCAUGGAGACAAAAUGACAUGCAAAGACUGGCCAUGGAGACAGAAGGACAUGCAGAUACUGGCCAUGGAGACAGAAGAAAAUGCAAAGACUGGCCAUGGAGACAGGACAUGCAAAGACUGGCCAUUGGGACAUAACAAGUAGAGACUUGCCAUGGAGACAGGACACACAGAGGCUGGCCAUGGAGACAGGGAGACAAGCAGUGGAUUGCCAUGGAGAUUGUCAACAGACUUACCUGAAAUCUUACUUGAUGUAAAACAUAAACAAGUUUGAUAUUGCUUAAAAUUAUGGCUAUGAAUAGGUUGUAUUUAUUAAAAGCAUAUUUUUAUGUUCUAAGCAAUAAACUGAGUUGAGAA